CCAAACAGAUUGAACCAAAAAAUGUCAACAAGAACGCAGUACGUCAACGAAACCCAAACCAUAAGGUAGAAAUUAAAACUGGCAAGAUUCAACAUAAUACGGCUAAGGAGAGCAAUGACACGCGUACAAGUGUGAUUAAAGGUCAAAAUGCAUACAUGAUGGUAAGUCAACAACUAGGACUCACCAUUGUAAUGUGGUUGCUGCUGAGGUCCAAGCUAACAAGAGUGGUGUACCCAGGACCUGCUAGCAUGGUGUCACUGAGCGGGCCCAUGGCAUUGGAGGAUAAGUCGAGAUAGGCAGUGUCCAGUGGAAUAGGGAUGGGCAUGGUGGCGCCGGGACCCAACCCGCUGCAGUCUACUCCUGUCAGGCUGAAACUGUCGAAAAGGCCAAAGUUUUCCACUUCGCAACGGCAGCCAGGGUGGCAGUUCUUGACCAAGGUGGAGUGGACACCCGACAUCAUAAGCAGGCCAAGCCACAGGAAGAGCCCCAUUAUGGUCUGUAGACAGAAGACAUUAUUUAUGAACACGUAAUAAACACAUGAGGUCAGACCGGGCGGAAUUCAGUGGAACCUUCAGGGAUUCAACCGAUGUCAUGCAUAAUGUCAAAAAAGACUUCAGCCCAGUUAGCAUUAAGGGAUUACCGCAAUAUGUUUGCAUUUCUUUGGCUUUUUAAAAAGGUACCAGUAAAGGCAAAAAAGCAAAAAGUGAUGACCAUAGAACCGAAAAAGGAGCCUACUGCUAUGUCGUGUAAGAGUGGCAUACUAUGUUGGUUGUCUUGACUGCUCAGUACUGUGAAGCUACAGUGACUUGAUGCAAGAACAAAAAAUAGCACACCUCUGCAUUGUGCAUUAUUGUGAAGACACUCACCUCUCUGCAAGUAACAAUGCUAAGAAAGGUGUCGACACACCUUCUGCAAGCCAUUUAAAGGAUUCACGGCAAAUAAUUCAAAGGAGAUGAAGCUCGACAAGCACAGGUGUGUGCCAGCAUCCAACUAUGCUGCUGGUGUGCAGAGCUGGUAAAGGAUCAAAGCAGGUUGCUGGCUGCAAGGGCGUAAGUAGCUCUCCAGGGUGCUGAAGUUGUCUCCAGACGCGCCCCGUCUCCCACCUGUCAUUUUCAGCCUGACGUCCAAACGCUAUGACUCGGUUGCGUUCACUCCGCAGCGGCUCCCCGGACCUCCAGGUUUUGAGGAUGGUUAGGUGACACUCCUGGAGCGAAGUUGGAUGAUGGAGCUUUCCAGAUGACGUGAGUCUUUUUUUUUUCUGUCCUAAGAUUUUGUAUGUCCUUUUUAGACAUCACCGUCCAAACUGAAAUGAUCCUGCAGUGAACCUAAAGGGUCACUGGCAGCAAGGACAAUGCAACAUUUCCCAAGCAGUCUGAGAGGGUCACCAUGGGAGUCCAUCCAUCCACGUGUGCCCAUAAUUAAAAGCAGGAAAUCUUUACCGACGACGUCCUUUUAUAACUCGCUGAUAUGGAUCCUCUUUGGAGUGUUGACGUUCCCUUGCUGCAUCCACUGUUUGAUAUUCAAAGUUGGGGUCUUGGGACCUUGGAUCUGCGACCCUGUGUACUAUAGGUCGUACCCUGCUGCCGCCGGCAGGCUCGCCGUGAGCAGGAUUAACAAAGACCUCACAUUGAAUCUAGGCCUGGAAAUGGACUUCAUCAUCCUGCAGGAGCCUUGUGAAACAUCCAAAGCUCUAACUUCAUUCAUUCAAUACGAGAAUAUUGCAGAUGCGUUUGUGGGCCCUACUAAUCCUGGAUACUGUACCGCAGCAGCACUAAUGGCCAAAAACUGGGACAAGUCCAUCUUCUCGUACGGAUGCGUCAACUUUGAGCUGGACCGCAUCACCGGGUACCCGACGUUUUCCAGGACGGUGCCCUUUCCUUCCGAGGUGCUGUUCACCGUGCUGAAGUACUUCCGUUGGGCCAACAUUGUGGUGGUCUCGUCCAACGAAGACAUCUGGAUGGACACAGCGGCGAGGGUGGCUGCUGCUAUGAGGAAAAAGGGGCUUCCUGUCGCCCUGGUUACAUCUGUGGGAAUAAAUGAGACCCAAGUUGAGAGCACACUGAGGCAGAUCCAAGACGCAGGGGAGAUAAGAGUCGUUGUCAUGUGCAUGCACUCGGUCUUACUUGGAGGAGAGGCACAGGCUACAUUCCUCCUCAAGGCGCAGCAAAUGGGUCUGACCUCCGGGAAGUAUGUCUUCAUGCCGUACGACACGCUGCACUACAGUUUGCCCUACAGCGCCUCCUACUUCCCCUUGCAAAACAACAGCCAGCUGAGGGAGGCCUAUGAUGCUGUGCUCACCAUCACCAUCGCCUCAGACCCCGUGUCCUUCACUGAGGCGUUCACUGCUGCGAAGAAUAAUAGGGAAUUGACGUUGAACGUUGCCUCGGAGCAGGUUAAUCCGCUAUUCGGGACCAUCUACAACAGCAUCUAUCUCCUGGCGAAGUCCCUCCACAAGGUCAAGAAAGCUGGCAUGCGUCUGUCGGGCUCAAACCUGGCCUACUAUACAAAGAACAUAACCUUCAGUGGCUUCAACCAGAAGGUACAAGUAGACAACACGGGUGAAAUCAAAACCACAUAUGUCAUCUUGGACACCAACAACAUCGGGAGUCAGCUCUACCUGACCUACGUUGUGGAUCUUAUGGCCGGUCGGCUUCGACUCGACGGGAAGUACAUCAAUUUUCCUGGAGGAUCGCCACCGCCAUCAGAUUCCAGCUGCUGGUUUGUUAAGAGCGCCCUCUGCACAGGAGGUGUUGAGGUCACCUCCAUUAUAGUGGUGUUUUCUGUCAUCUUCGCUCUGGCUUUAACAGGGCUCGCCAUUGGUCUUUACAUCAGGAGGAGACUCCAACAAAUCCAGCUGGUCAAAGGUCCAAAUCGGAUCCUGCUGACGUUAGAGGAUCUUACGUUCAUCAACCCUCAGCUUAGCAAGCGAAAAAUCACUUUAGAGGACCUGAGCGAGUCUAAAAGUGCUUUGGAGGAGAAAUCAGCAGAGCGCUCACAUUCGGUUCACAGCAUGCAGACAGCGACUCAUGAGACCACCAACGUUGCCGUUUUUGAGGGGGACUGGGUGUGGCUAAAAAAGUUUGAGGAUGGCCACUUCAAGGAGGUGAAGCAGAGCAGUAAAAAGAUUUUCACCAAGAUGAAGGACUUGAGAAAUGAGAAUGUCAAUCCUUUCCUGGGCUUCUUCACGGAGUGCUCCAUGUUCGCCGUGGUGACGGAGCAUUGCUCCAGGGGGAGUCUGCAAGACCUGCUGAGGAACGAAGACGUGAAAUUAGACUGGAUGUUCAAGUCCUCACUUGUGCUUGACCUCAUCAAGGGUAUGAAAUACCUUCAUCACAGGGACUUUGCACAUGGCCGACUAAAAUCUCGUAACUGUGUCGUGGACGGGCGCUUCGUGCUCAAAAUUACGGACUAUGGCUUCAAUGAGUUGCUGGACUCUCAGAAAACUCCUGUACAACAACCUCCACAUGAAGAACUCUUCUGGACCGCGCCGGAGUUCCUUAGGGACCUUGCAAUCUCCCGUAAAGGCACCUACAAAGGAGACGUGUACAGCUUUUCCAUUAUCCUGCAAGAGGUGGUGGUCAGAGGACCACCUUACUGCAUGCUGGGCCUGCCGCCUGAGGAGAUCAUUCGAAAGGUGAAGAAGCCCCCUCCAAUGUGCCGGCCCACUGUGGCGCCAGACCAAGCCCCGCUGGAGUGCAUCCAACUGAUGAAACAGUGCUGGAGCGAACUCCCUGAGCGAAGACCCGACUUUGAUGAGAUCUUUGACAGGUUCAAAAUCAUCAACAAGGGUAAGAAGACCAACAUCAUCGACUCCAUGCUGAGGAUGCUGGAGCAGUACAGCUCCAACUUGGAGGACCUCAUCCGGGAGCGAACAGAAGAGCUGGAGGUGGAGAAACAACGGACAGAAAAGCUGCUCUCUGAGAUGCUGCCACUCUCUGUGGCCGAGGCCUUGAAGACAGGCGCCACAGUAGAGCCGGAGUACUUCGACCAGGUGACCAUCUACUUCAGCGACAUUGUGGGUUUCACGACCAUCUCGUCGCUUAGUGAUCCCAUCGAGGUGGUUGACCUCCUCAACGACCUCUACAGUCUGUUUGACGCUGUUCUCUCCAACCAUGAUGUCUACAAGGUGGAGACCAUCGGUGACGCGUACAUGGUGGCAUCAGGCUUGCCGAAGAAAAACGAAAACAAGCACGCGGCUGAAAUCGCCAACAUGUCUCUGAACAUCCUCAGCUCGGUGGGAACCUUCCGUAUGCGCCAUAUGCCGGACGUUCCUGUCAGGAUACGGAUCGGGAUCCACUCAGGACCCUGCGUUGCUGGCGUGGUGGGCCUGACCAUGCCUCGCUACUGCCUGUUUGGAGACACCGUCAACACUGCCUCGCGAAUGGAAUCCACCGGGCUGCCUUACAGAAUCCACGUGAACUUGAGCACGGUGAAGAUCCUCCGUUCUCUCCAUGAAGGCUAUAAAAUAGACGUCAGGGGCAAGACAGAGCUGAAGGGGAAAGGCAUUGAGGAGACUUACUGGCUGGUGGGCAAGUCGGACUUUGCAAAGCCUUUGCCGAAACCACCAGAGAUCAAACCAGGGGUCAAUUGGCAGGAGAUGGUGACGGAAGAGAUCAAGAGCCUUUUCCGCAAGGCCAACAGGCAAGUGGACAAGCACAAAAUGAGUGGGAAAGGAGGAAAGAUGUGAGAGGGAUAAAGAAGGAGAGCGGCCGUCUCUCUUUCGCUCUCUCUCUCGCCUCUGUGGCUUAACGCGGACUUCUUUAAGAGGAUUGUCCAUCCACUGGCUAAUCUGCCUGCAGCCAACACAGCAGAACGUAACGGUGCUAAUGUAAUGAGACCGGCCUGGUAGGACCAAUCUUCACUCAUGCACUCAAUCAUGCACUGCUGACUGCACUCACUGGCCACUGAGUGGCCACCCAAAUGAGAACAAUGCACUGGUGGAUGCCUGUUUCACGACUCUGUGUUAGUGCUGUCAUGAAUGCUCACAAUAGGCGACGGUUAUUCAAAUAGCUGGCUGCAUAUUGCACAUUAAUAACCCUGAAAGAUGGAGGUACUGUACUUUUGACUCUUUUAUUUCUCUUGUAUGUGUAGCGGAGACAAGCAGGAGGCAGUGAACAUUGAUCAAGCUUUUAUUGAGCAUUGCUACUGCACGCUCUCGGUGUUGUUGCGUUUUUCUUGUUUCUUGCAUUGGACUAAGAGAGCAGAGUCUACCAAGUCAAUUUCGUUGUGUGUUACAUACUUGGCCAAUAAAGAUGAUUCUGAUUCUGACAACACAGGCAAUUUAAGCUAGGGAGGCAUUGUAAGUUGUUACAUAAAAUAAUGAAUAUUAAAAAAUAUCACGUAUAACAUGAUUAAUUUAUUUGAAAUUUAUAUUUUUACAUACAUACAUACAUAUUAUAUAAACAUUAUUUAUUAAAUUAAAUUAAGUAAAUAAAUUUAAAAAUAUAUUAUCUUAAACUAUAAAUAAUAUAUAUUUCAUGAUAAGUACAGUUAUGAUGAUUAAAAAUAUUGCGAUAUAAUGUAAGAAUCAUAAGCAAGAAAACUUGUUCGGUGGGAUUUUUACAUGUCCAAAAAGUGCUUCGAAAGCUUACUUAUAGAUACUAGUGUUAAUUUUGUUGACUAAAAGUUUUUGUCUUAGUUAUCGUCAACAACCUAUUUUCCCCUGACUAAAGUAGGACAAUAACGAGUGAAAACAAAGUCACGUUGACGAAAACAAUGACGAAAUUAGUUGACAAUUUAGUCGACGAAUACACAUGAGACGAAAAUGAUUGACAGAGAUGAAAUCCAAUCAAAUUUAAUUUUGUCUUUGGGUGGGUGGGACAAGUUAGUAAUCUAUCCAAUCACAGUAGCAUGCAGGAGAGAGGCGGGGAUAAAUCACGACGGGGUUCCAAUCAGAACUAUUACUACUAAGACACGGUGUUUGGAUUUUUCACCGGGAAACAAGACUAUAUUGUAGGGAUGUAACGAUAACUGGUAAUAAUGAUGACGACGACAACACUCCCGACAAUUAGUAUUACCCUUUUAAAUUAAAAUGAUCCAAAAACAAGAUUGAUAACUGCACUUCUAUAAAAUCACGGGCCACGGCGGACUUACUGGUGCCAGCUCGCUAGCUUAAACGCUAACAUGAAAACAAGAGACAUACGUCUUUCUCCGUUAAAAACCACAUACACCGAUCUAAACUUCUAAAAACACAUUACUGUCUGAGCAACUAAGUUAUUCAGUUGUGCUCAUUGAACCUACAAGCUGUGCUCUCGUAGCAAGGAAUUGUGAUGAUCGGUCUUUCCUCAGAGGAAAAGAGACGGUGUUUUUAUGGUGCCUUCAAGUACCGCUGAAUAGAGUAGGACAGACACAACGCCCGCCAGAAGUGAUACAUAAUCAGAUUAGAAGUUAUUUGUUACGCAAACAAAGUAAUAUUUACAGUACAACAAUAAAAGAUGAGCUAUUAAAACAGAUAAAACACUAAACUUCAGUGAAACAUAAACACAAUAGAUGGAAAAGUGUUUUUUCAAACAGUGUGUCUAUUUAUUAUAAUUAUGUUUAAAAAGCUUUUUGAGCACAUUCCACAAUAAUAAUGAUAACCGUGGUAAUUUUGGUCACAAUAACCAUGGCAUGGAAUUCUCAUAUUGUUACAUCCCUAUUCUGUAUUGUUACACACAUCAUUACAAUAUGUCUUCUCAGGGGCGUCACUAGCUUUUAAGGACAGGGGGGCCUUAGCCCCAAAGAGAUGCACAGGAUGCGAGCGAACGUAGCGCACGAGCACAAAACU